AGUUGAACUCCGAUCUGGCUUAGCCCAAAACCAGAGCUGCUCUCCCUCUGCAUCUGAAACUAUGAUGGUGAGAGAAGCAAGACUUGUGGGAAUAGGCAUCAUGACACUCCUCCAUGUUUGGUUCCUUUCAAAUUGUGUUUCUAGUGAGAAGCAGCCCUGCAGGCCGUCUUCUUGUGGAGAUAUCCGAAACAUCAGCAGCCCCUUCCGAUUAAAAGGUGAUUUACCUGGCUGUGGUGAUCCUGAUCUUGCAUAUGAGCUGGUUUGUGAAAACAACCGUACCAUCUUAUAUGGGAAAUACUAUGUUGAGGAGAUCAAUUACCAUAACUCCACCAUUAGAGUUGUAGUUCCUGGUCUAGAGAAGGGCAACUGUUUCUCCACUCCUCUUUAUUCCUUGAUAUUACACGGUCUAUAUCCAUAUCAAGCUCCUUAUGAACACACUACUAUAGUUCUGAUGACCUGCACAAGGACAAUCAAUGAUCAUAACCACAUUCCUAUUACUUCUUGCGAGGGUAGCAAUAACCAUGUCUCUUCCUCACAAGCAUAUACUUAUGCACUAAUUGGGCGAGGCAAGGUGGCGAGAGAUAUUCAGAGUUCAUGCACCUUGGGCACGACUGUUGUUACCGGUAAAUUCGAGGCAGUUUCAGAGCCCAGAAAGAGUACUUCAAUGUCAGAUUUGCAAGAAAUUCUGCUUAUGGGGCUUGAGCUAUCGUUUUUGUACUUCCGCUGUGGCAAAUGCAAAGGAGGUCUAAGCUUCUGUGAGCCGAAUUUCAAAGACAGUAGUAUAAUAUGCGACGAGUACUGGACUGAUGGAAGAAAUUGGCUUAGCAAGUUGAAAGAUGAUGUACUGAUUCCAAUGAUCAACUUUUUCACCGAGGCCUUUUUUCGAAGUCCCUUUACAUUUGAAGGCCUUAGAAAAUAUCUCAAUAAUGGACGCUAUACCUCCAGUGGUGUUUUAGUUGGGGCCUGGGUUGUUCAAAAGGCUGGUAAGACUCCCAACUUCCAAUUUUAAAUUUGUGUAGGCUCUUAUCUGAAAUCCUUGAAAUUCUUGCAUCUAAGAUUGUAGACUGUCAAAUUCUUUUGCUUAAAUAAAGGGUUGCUAUUUGUUUGGUUGUGCAAAA